AUGAGGUAGUUAUUCAAGAAGCCGAGCCAAACAGCUGUGGAUUCAGGACACAGCAAGUUUGUUGUUGGUACCCUUGGCGGUUAACAGUGGAAAGCAAGCGACAACCGAGCCAAACAGCAAAGAAGAACAUUCCCACCCAAGGCACGGAAACCACCUCGCUUCAGCGUGGGCACUCAAGGACCCCAUGGAUAUUGGGGAAACGUCCUCCCCUGCCCUUGGCAGCGAUUCUUGGCUCAGCUCUGAUGAGUAAGAGCCUGGCGGUCUGCUGCAUACACGAGCCACCACCUUCCUACAAACUGUCAAAUGGGACUUGCUCGCCGGCAUUGGGGCAACGAAAAGGGGCGGGAUAUCGUGCCGCUACGAUGAGAGGUCCUUUAUCACGAUCCCGACACCGACGACUUCUACAUUGGGUCUGGACUCAAACGAGGAGAAGCACUUGGACGUCGUCCACCGAGUACUCCGAUGACUUGAUCGACCAUCUACUCCGAUCCGCCUCGACCAGAGACGAUCUCAAGCAGAGCCAAUCCUUCACGCUUCCGUCAAUCAUGGGCCACUUGACGCGCAUCCGUGGCGAGGAGAAGACAGGCCCUUUCCGCUUGACAAACCGCGAUCUUGAGGCGCACAACAUCCUGGUGGAUGACGACCUCGACAUAGUAGGUGUCAUUGACUUUGGCGGCGUUAUGGCCGGCCCGUUGGAAGUCGUCGCGCAAUACCCGGUCCUCUCUUUUCUCGACACAGAACCGCCUGGUGCCACUUAUACUGCCCCGGCGGAGAUUGAGCGGGUCAUACGCACAGCGUCGAAGCUCCAGGAGUGUAAAGACCUGCGCAUGAUAUUCGAGUCAGACACAGUGGAGGGGGAAGCAAGGUCGUUGACAUGUUGGGAUCGACAGCGGCCAGCGCAUACAAGGGAUUGCUGGCUUACUCACAGCAUCAGGUUCAUGUGAACGACAAAUGAAUGAAGGCUUUUGUUUGAAGAUGGUACUGGAGUAGGCUGAAAGGCGUACUAAUUAGGGCAUCCACACGGUACAGUGCCGUUGUCCAGCUACUGCGAGCUAACACUACGGGUCGUGCUUCUUUUGGCAUA